GCCAAGUUCUAUACUCUCCCCUGCCCACUUAGUUUCUCUCUCUAGAAAAUCCUUAUAUUUUUCCUUCUUCUUCAAGAGCUUCUAGCUCCACCAUUAAUGGCUUCCGAGCCGAACUCUUGUACCGUGUACACACCCUCGAUAUUAAUAAAAAUCCCCCGUUGGCAAGGUACCGCCAAAAAAGGCCCGUGGUUUUCUCCCGAUUUGGGUUUCCACGUCAAAAUCCCCGUGUUUAUAUUUUGGUGUAUUUUUAGACUAGUUUAUCGUUUUAGCCGGACUAAAAAUGGUAUACCGGUCGAUAAUUUACACCAUCAUUUUGGCGCCACCCGUGGGACCUAAACAAAAGGCCAUGAAAUUUUCAAUUCCUUCACUUCGUUUUUCAAGGGAGAACCAAAAAAAAGAGGAAAAAAAAGGAAGAAGAAUCCAAAAAAACCGUUGCUGUCAUGGCGAAACCUAGCCCAGAUCCAUAGCUCAAACGCCACCCGUGACUUGGAGAUAUAAUAAAAUCUCUCCUCAAUUAAUUUCUCUGGAUCUCCGAUUGGUUGGAGAUGAAGAUCAAGCUGGAUUCGCUGUUCCGGGCAUGCUUCAAGCAGAUCAGCCGGAAACCAUGUCGGCGACGCCGAUGAAGCCGAAGAAGGCAGAGCCGGCCCCGGCAAGAAACCGGCGUCGACGUUUCACCAAAGAAGGAUCUCAGCGUCGGACUUCAGCUCCUCCGCGCUGUCGGAAGAUCUGUCCAUUUCGCUGGCAGGCUCCAACAUUCAUUUGUUCACGCCCCAGGAGCUGCGCAUCAUCACUCAAAGCUUCUCCAGCGCCAAUUUCAUUGGAGAAGGCGGGUUCGGCCCGAUCCACCAAUUGUAGGGCACCGCCGGGGCCUCCAUUCCCCGUGCGUCGUCCACUCCCCACCGCGGCAGCGGGCUCUUCAUAUUGUAGUGCCGCCGGUUUCGUCGUGUCUGACUCUGCCUUGACUCUCAAAAAGGCAGGCGACGGUGUCGGGGUGAAUGGUUUGAACCUCGAUUCCCAUCCCCCCAUAUCCUGGAACCAGCUCCAGUCCUUCUAGCCGAGCUCGACGCCUCGUAUUCAGUUCCUCAAGGCUUCUUUGCAAGGAUCCACCUCAUCCAGCAUAGGUCAAAACCGGCAGAGAACUUCAGCGGCGAGAGCUACCUGCAGCGACGUCUCUCACCCGAUAUACCAGCUCGCGAAGGACAAUCCACCUCUCGGUCGGCAACCAAAUGACGCGAGAAUUGGCUCAAUUUCCGACGAUGUUGAGCGACGCCAACCAAUUGCAGCGAGGAAGAAGACUUGAUCUAUGUUCAGAUUGUCUUCCCUAAUUUUCAUUUCCAUUGAAGUGCAAUACCAUCCCCAUCACUUCUACUGUCAACAUAUGCGGAGCCAAUCAACUACAAGCCAAUUAAAAGUUGAAGAUAAUUGAGACAAUAUAGAUGGGCAGCACAUGGAGGAUCCAGCAGAUUUUGAAAAUGAAGAAAAAAGGGGUACAUGCUUUGUACCAAUAAUUAACCAGAAGACAAACAAAAGAAUGGAAAGAGAUACGAAAGUUAUGAGAGGAUAAUGCAAGCGACAGGGUCCACUAAUGUCAUGACUUUUGGAAUACUCAUACGGAAGCACUCAGGACAAAGUUCACAUGUUGUCAGCCCCCACUGCAUCAAUUACUACGUACAAUAUACGGAGUAUUUUCAAGGUGAAAAAGAUACCACAUGUAUGCAUCUGGGAGAAUCAAUUUUCUCCACUUGCUUUUCGAAGUCGGGACGCUGGUUAUUACACUGGUCUUGCUUAAUACUUUACAAAUAAAGGAAGGAAGACUGAGACACAAGUCGAGCUUGGUACGCUGGUUACGACACCGGUCUUGCUCAGUAUUAAAAAAAAAAGAGGAAAACUGAGACACAGGCCCGGCCUGGCACGCUGGUUACUACACCGGUCUCGCUCAGUAUAAUAAAAAAAAUAUUAAAAUAUGUGACACAGGCCCGGCCUGGCACGCUGGUAAAUAUCAUUCUUGUGCGCGAGACAGGCCAAGAAUGAUAUACACACCGGUCUUGCACAUAUUUUCUCGUAAGUCUGACCCCAAUCGAAUUGGGUACACCGGUGGCUCAGCUGAGCCCUUAUCGGGGACGCCCGAUUCUUCAAGCCUUUUGAACAAGGCACUCCAGAAGUGGUCUCUGCAUGACAUGAAGAUAUUUGCAUCAGUUAGCCGGGCUAGCAUCGAUCUUCGACAAAGUUGCUACAACAUACUUAAUUCGUAUUAAGUAACAUCGAUUACUUCGAUAUACUAAUUUUGCUAUGUGUCUUUUACUUAAUCCGUACUAACAUCGGUCUCGACGAAAUAACUACUUGAAGCACCGCCGCUUCAUCGUACUAACUCCGGUGUCGUAUAACUACUCGAAGCAUCGUUGCUUUAUCGAACUGACAUCGCUCUUGUGACGAUAAUUAUUCACGCGAAUUUUAACCACCCUAACACCGAGCUCCUCGGUAAAGGUAAUAAUUUUUUGAGCACGACAUAGGCCGGUCAAAAAAAAGUUGACCGGUCACUUCCACUAAAAAAGUGACCGGUCACAUUAUGGGCGAUAGCCAAAAUGUCACCUUAUGUAACGAAGGAUAUUCCGGAAGACCAAAGAGACGGGCUGAGCUCAAACAAUGACCGGGUAACCUUUGAGAAAAGGUGACCGGUCAUAAUUUGAUACUUUGCUAGCAUUAGUCCAGUCUCUUAGGCAUGGUUAACCAUGUCAGAGGUCAAGGGGACACCCCGCCGCUCAUCCGUCACGAGGCACACAGUGAAAGGGAUGUUUGUCAUUUUGCAGGGUUGAUUGGAUUGAGAAUAUCCAUUUUAGUCUUUGAUUGAAGAGUGCUUUUUUGGUUGUAUUAGUAGCAAGUCUAUGAUUGUACAGUGCUUCCAUUAUCUACAGUGACCUUCCCAUGAGCUUCCUAUUUUGUCCAUGGAUGAACAUGGGAGGGUCACAAAUCCUCCUCUAUAAAUAUGAUGAUAUUGG